CUAGUUGUAUACCGCAUUUUCUGUACAUUUUCUUAUGUAACUCGGAUCUGUUGGCUGUCGGUGACACGUGAGAAGAAAUGGGGGUUUCACAGCUGCUCCUUAAGACUCUGGAAGCCCUGGGCGAUGAUGAUUUCAAAACCUUUAAAUGGUACCUUACAGAAGGCUCUGACAGCUGGGACGCAAUUCCUGUAUACCGUCUGGAGAAAGCCCCCCGGACAGAAACUGCGAGUCUCAUGACACAGGCCUACGGUGACGACUCAGCUGUGAACAUCACUGCUGAGAUCCUGGGGAAAAUGAACAAAAAAGUCGUUGCAGAGAAGUUAAAGAAAACAUAUGCAGAGGGAAGAGCUCCUACUGCUGCUCCUGCUGCUCCUCCUGCGGCUGCAGCUGCUGCUCCUGCUGCAGUGUCUGCUGUUGGUGGAAGUGUGGUUUUUGCCCCGACGGUCACUGGUAGUAGCACUGGAACAUGGAAUGUAACCAUCAACAAAUAAACUCAUGAAACACAACCAUACCAGGAAGACUAGACUGGAAUACACCAUAAGGUCGUGGUUCAGAGACAAAUAUCUUAAUCAUCUGAUGGAUUGUCAUGAAAUGUAUCGCAGACCAAGUCUUAAAAGGUCACAUUAUAAAUAUUUGGUAACCCUCCAAUAUUUAUUUUAGUGCCAGCCUCACGUUGUUUAGCUCUUUAUUGAAUAUUUCCCCAAAGAAAAUGCACUAACAAAAAUUACAUUUUGUCCAAAUUGAUCAGAGUUUGU